AUGCGCGGCGCCCACACUCCACAACCGCCGCCGGCGCUGGGACUGCACACUUCUGGCCCGGCGCCACCACCAUCGGCCGCUCCGAUGCCCAUACCCCCACGCGCGCGGAGACGCUCUUUCUCGAACAUGGUCGGUUCACCUGGGUCGCCCCGGCGGUCAUCAACACUACUCUCCGCCAGUCCUUCCGAGCAGACGGGCAUACUUCGCCGCCGGUUUAGUUCGAUGUUCACCUCCGAGGGUGAGCCGGGCUCGCCGCGCCAGUUUGCGCUCGACCCCGACAUCCCCGAGCGCGAACCAGAGCCGUUCAAGGACCGCAACGCGAUAAAGGUCAAGAUCAUCACGUGGAACAUGGCGGACUCGGUGCCCAAGGGAGAUCUAUCGGUGUUGCUUGGCGAUAUUCCGGCGAGCGCAUACGACAUUCCCGCGAGAGGUGACGAGCUUCCAGAGCUGCCCAUCGAGGACGCACAUCCGUAUCACAUCGUGGUAUUCGCCGCUCAGGAGUGCCCCAGCGCGUCAGGCAUGCCCCGCGGUUUGGGAGGCUCACUCAUGAAGGGCGUGGGCCUGCAGAAGUCUGAGGCGGCGCGUCGCGAGCGUGAGGAUAAGAAGGAGGAGCAGGAGGAGAAGAGGCGACAAGACAAAGAAGCAGAAAAGGAGGCGAGGAAGGCUAUCCGCGAGAUCCGCAAGGAGUUUCUUGAUCGCUCAGCAAACGCGGCUGCUGAGAGGGACGCUGUUCAGGCCCUCAAAGAAUUGCGGAAAGAGUACAAGGAGCGUGAGGGGCCUGCGGCGAGCCUCAAAGAUCUUAUCGACAAGGACAAGGAUACAAAGGAGAAGGAGAAGAACAUCAAGGCGCCAGGGCUGGGUAUCUCGCUGUCUGGCCUUACAGAGGAUCUUCUCGAGAAGUCCAAGGCCAUUGUGUCGCCAGGAUAUGUCUCGGAUAGUGAUUCUCUCCGCUUGGCCGCUCAGCCCAACGGCGACCCGGCACCGGAGACCGCCGGGAUUCUGACCUCUGUAGGUCCUAGUGCCGCCGAUAGGAGCAUCACCGCCGCCGAUCCAGUUAGCAGUAGUGAGGGAGGCGCGAACACUCCCGCUCUUUCAAUUGACUCCUCGACAGGAGACGGCUGUGUGUCGUCCGCGCCAGCCGCCGCCGCGGCACCACUACCGUCGGUUAUGUCACCUUCAGACGUCGAUCCCCUGGUCGCCUUGCCGCCAAGCAACGUCGAGGGCACCAAGGAUGCUUCCGUCGCCACCUCGAGCGGCGACUCUGCACCACACUCGUCAGAUCCUCCCAAACCGAAAGCCGUACAGGAACUCAAGGAGCUGGAUGGCGAGCAAGCCCUUCUGCCUGCAACGCCCGGUCAGCAGGUGAAGGAGAAGCCUUCUCGGGAGCAGCUGAGGAUAGACCCACUGUACAAGCGCAAGGUCGAACCUAAAGACGCAGCUAUCGCAGCACGCAGCCAUACCGCAUUCGAUAUCGGCUUAGGCAGCCCCAUGAGCGAUCUCGCGGGCGCUAUCGGGCGCAAGGGGUGGAGCGGUAUGCUUGAAGUUCCCGUGGCGAACGGCACGCUUGAAGUCCCUUCCGCCCCAUUUGGCAGAUCGUUAUCUGGCAACUCCUUCCAGUCCGUUGACACGUCGACAAGUUCCUUUUUUGUUCAGCAAGAGGACCGCCCCUUCGGCCGGUCGCCUAGCGUUCGGGAGAUGGGCAGGUCACCUGGCAUUUUUGACUCGCCGAUCACGGAUGAGGUGCCUGUGAAGCGGUUCUUCCGUCAGCCUGGAGCCGGUGCGUACGUUCACCUCAUCAAGGAGCGUCUGAUGGGCCUCUAUGUCCACGUGUUCGUGUACAAGGGCUGUGAGCACCUGGUUGAGGGCGUCGACAAAGACUUCGUGAGGACAGGCCUCGCGGGUGGUCGUAUCGGCAACAAAGGGGGAAUCGGCAUUAGCCUCAACCUCAAGGGUCACCGACUCCUGUUCGUCAACGCGCACCUCGCUGCCCACACGGAGUGCAAUGAUGAUCGCAUUGCCAACAUCAACAAGAUCAAGUCCGAGCUGAAGCCUAACUGUUUCCUGGCGCCGGACGAUCCUCGCGUGGCGAUGCCAGAUGUCACGGACCGAUUUGACACAACGUUUUGGUGUGGAGAUUUGAACUUCCGCGUCGAUAUCACUCCCUUGCACGCCAAGUGGCUGCUGAAGGAGCAACGCUACAUUGCAGAGGCUCAAGAGUGGGACCAGCUCAAGAAUAUCAUGAAAGACAAGGAAAAGACCCCUCUGCGCGGCUUUGAGGAGGCCGAAAUUAAAUUCAUGCCGACGUUCAAGUACGACAUUUGGAAGUCGGUAAGCGCGACAAAUCGGGAUAAGCGCAGAUCCAUCCGUCGCGCCCGCCGCUCCUCCGACCAGUCGACUCGGCCGUCGAUGGAGCGACCCUCCAGCCCGAGAUUAGACGGCGUUCCGGAAAUUGAUGUCGUGGAAGAGAGUUCGUCCGCGCCUGAGAGUCCAGAGAUUCCGCACUCAGUCCUUCUGGGUCAACCAGUCAUGAGCCCUGUGCCGGAAACACCGCCUCUCUCCGAGUUACCACUGCCUGACGAGCUUUCGAUUGUCAAUCACAGCGCGGAGCAGUACAGCAAUGGACUGCCGGAUCGAUCUCGGGAUCCCACCAUUGCGGACGCGUCGCGCAAAUCGACAGCGACGUAUCGGUCCGAGCGCUCCGACCGCGCCUCUGAGAGCACCAACGGGCACUCACCAAGUCCUUGGGAGAUUUCCUCGAUGACACCGACUUCUCAGGAUCAGCGCAGGUUAUCUGGCGGGUGGUCGAGAGGCACUACGCGUUCUGCCACGAAGGAUCUGGUCGGUGCAACUGUCGACGUCACAAAGCGCAGCGGUCACACAUUGAAGGCCAAGACCCAGAAGUUAAUGAGCAUAAUACGCUUGGGGCGCAAGCCUGCCCUCCGCCCCCUUCCACCGGCUAUGCCAGACGACUCGUCGCGACGCUCGUCCGUAGCUUCGUCCCGCUCGCGCGGCGUGUCCGAGGGCCGUCUCUCGAUACUGAGUGAUGACCCUCCACAACCACCAGGCCCCAUCGCCUCCUCCCCACUCAUGGGAAGAGCGAGCCUAGACCCGGACAUCACGCCUACACAGCCUGGUCUAGUGCUGCCUGACGGUGAAGCUGUGCACAGAACACCUUCAUCACAAUCGGUGUACAGCGUGAGCGGGCGCCGACUCGCUUCACCGCCGCGUCGACCGCGCACGCUCAUCCGUAGCCUUUCGGGGCGCGAUUUGACCGAGGAGGCGGACGAGGAGGAGCCAAACGAUUUAGUCGACACACGCACGGGCGUGUACGACUCAAGCAAAAAGGGGCGCAUCCCGAGCUGGUGUGAUCGCGUGCUCUGGAAGACCCAUGUGAUCCCCGACAUUGUCGAAGAUCUUGUUGAUGAUGACGACGAAAGUGUAGCGUCCAACGGGCCACUUAUGCGCCUCUCGAAUGUCUUCUCCAGCCUCUCGGAGCGCAUGCGCAGACGCUCUAGCUUCUACGGCGAUGCGGAAACGCCCCGCACCUCAUUCCCACGCAUCGUCAACUCCGUGUCCGCGCCGCACGGUCUCGUUGCGUCCGUCCCUCCCGACCAACACCAUUCACCAGAACAAACUGUCGCCCCAGAUCAACGAGGUCCACCCGAACCUACGGCGCGCGACCAGCUCGUCGUCCCUGAGCAAACGACCCCAAUCGUGCCCGACGAGCACGUAUUUGAGUCGGAUCCACCCACUCCUGCAGAAAGCGAGCCGCCCUUCCACGAUUCGCCCGAGCUGCUUACCAACUCCGUAUUGCCUAACGGGCAAGCCUCGCCGCUUCCCGCCCACAUUCGCUCAUUGUCAUCUGCCCGCAAGCGCGGACGCAGUGUGACAUUCGAGCACCCCGCACCGCUAUCGCUCGCCCUCCGGCGCGACCUCUCCCCGACCGCCGAGGUGCCUAGCACACCUACUCCUCUGGAAAAGCCGAUCAGCAUCGGCCUCGGCCCGUCUCCACAGCUCCAUCGCCGGGCCUCCAGCUCGACGGAGAGUACGCCGUCAAGACGCCAAAGCCUUGCGCGUCGCUUGAGCAUGUCUUCCAUUGGUUCAAUGGGAUCCGCAUCCUCGCGCAGACGGCGCAGCGAGGACGUAAGUUUCCUCCGCACCGGCUCGCCACAGCUGCACCCCCUCAAGGCCGUCCGCAGCACCGGCCAGGUCGGUGAGGCUCGCAGCCGCAUGCACCGCAACUCGGACGGUGGGCUGAGCGUCGGCGACGCGCCACAGAGCGGACUGAACGCGCUGACGCGCUUUUUCCGCGGCCUGCCUGGCCGUUUCCACUCGCGUGUGAGUCUAUUCCACGGCAGCGAGGCAGAGGCCGAGGAACCGACGCCGGAGGCCCCCAGGCGCCAUUUGGUGGGCGAGGUACAGGUGUUGCACUACGGCACGCUCGAGGAUGUGGACAUGCGCCGCCUCGAGGGUCGUAGUGACCAUUAUCCCCUAAUAUUUUCCGCCGCGAUAUAUGUCUAG